GAGACAUGUCUGUUUUUUUUUUUUGUUAAGGAAGAUGGCGGAUGAGAAGCAGUCUGAUGGAAAUGUCUUGAAUGACGGAGGACCCGAAGAGAAGGGAGGCAAAGGUGUGAAAACUAAGACUGUCUCUUCCAGCAAUGGAGGGGGGAGCACAGGCCGGAGCGCGGACAAGCGAUCUGCCAAACAGGCAGCCGGGGACUCCAACUCACAACCGGCACCGGCCAAAGUCUCUAAAAUAGCAUUCCCAUCAGGCAGUCAGCUGAUCAAGAAGCCAGCCCCUAUCUCUAUCAAACUGGGAGCCAGCAAACCGAAAGAGGCUGCUCCAGUUCUGCCUGCUAAGAUACCUGCAGUAGCAGCAGUUUUCAACGAGGAAGAAGAUAGUGAACCAGAAGAAAUGCCACCAGAAGCAAAAAUGAGGAUGAAAAACAUCGGCAGAGAUACGCCUACGUCAGCAGGACCCAACUCGUUUAACAAGGGCAAGCAUGGCUUUUCUGAUCACCAAAAACUCUGGGAAAGGAAGCAAAAGAAACAGCUAGACAGGACUCCAGAUAAAUAAAUGACAUAUUGUGAACUUUUGUUUUUUUUUGUGUGGUUGGGUUUGAGGGAGGAGGGGGAGAGGGUUUUUUAGUUUGGAGUUAUCACAUUAAAACAAAUGUAAAUAUAUAUAAAAAAAAAUAAACCGACUAGUAUCCUGUCCUUAAAUUAGUUAAAGUCUUCUUUAAUGGUGUGCCUCAUUUUUUCUGUUAAAACAUAGGUAUAAUACACUACAUUAAUACUAUAUAAGUUUGUACCAUGAUAAUUUAUUGACUAAAAACAAUACAUGCAAAUUUGAGGACUCAUUCCAGUUCAUAAAAAAAAUAUUACCAAUAACACAUUUCUGUGCAAAAAACUGAUAAUAUAGAAAUUUCCAUUUCAUUGCUGGAUUCCAUUUCAGGUGAAAAAACUGUUUUACAAUAUUUGUUACCGCUUUAUGUGAACAAAUUUUAACCACUUGACCUACAGUUGAUGCAAUACAAUUCUGGUACCAGGCAGGUUUUUUUUUUUUUUUU